UGGGGCAGGGGCCAGCUUCUGCGAGGCGGCAGGGAUUUACCCUUGUUUACACAUUAUAAAAAAGACACAGGGAAGGGAUGGGGAGGGAGAGACGCAGCAGAGGGGAUUUAGCGUGUCCUUUUUGCAGCGUGAAAGACUAUGAGACGUUCAGAGCUUUGUUUACUCACUACUCUGUCCUCAUCUUCCCUCUCAACAUCCUCUUCUUUUACCCUGUGAUGCUCACCUCUUCACCUCCACUCCUCCGACUGAUGUGCAGGACAUCGACCACACAGCGGAAGGAGCUGCUGGUUCUCCUCUGCUUGCUUUGAUUUUUUUUUCCUCUCCUCCCUGUUACCUGAUCCAGUGGUGCCUUGCACCGUCUUCCGAGUGGGAUGUUUCACCAGCCACAGAUAGGAGCUAACCGUUACGGUGAAUAGAUGACCGGUUGGUUGUUCUGACUUCUUGACUGCCCGGCCACUCUGAGCUCAGGUUUCACUCUUCGUUAUUCAGAGGGGAGGAAGAGAAAAAGAAAAAAGAAAGAGAGAAAGAAAGAAAGGUGGAGAGAAAUUGAACAUGGCCGUGGAAGAGGGUGCUGUCUUCCUAACCCAAUCUGAUAGUAAUGCCAGUUACCUGCGAGCUGCCCGGGCAGGGAACCUAGAAAAGGUCCUUGACUACCUCAAGACUGGGGUUGAGAUUAACAUUUGCAAUCAGAAUGGUCUGAAUGCUCUCCAUUUGGCCUCCAAAGAGGGGCACGUGGAGGUUGUUGCUGAGCUGCUGAAGCUCGAAGCCUCAGUGGAUGCAGCUACAAAGAAAGGAAACACUGCUCUGCACAUAGCGUCACUGGCUGGUCAGACGGAAGUCGUCCAAGAGCUGGUCACUAAUGGAGCAAACGUCAACGCACAAUCACAGAAUGGCUUCACCCCUCUGUACAUGGCAGCCCAAGAGAAUCACCUGGAGGUGUUACGGUUCCUUCUUGAAAACAGCGCCAGCCAGAGUAUAGCCACCGAGGAUGGCUUCACCCCUCUGGCUGUGGCCCUCCAGCAGGGCCAUGACCAGGUGGUCUCCCUGCUACUGGAGAACGAUACCAAGGGCAAGGUACGUCUGCCUGCCCUGCACAUCGCCGCACGCAAGGACGACACCAAGGCCGCGGCCCUGCUCCUGCAGAACGACCACAACGCAGAUGUGGAGUCCAAGAUGAUGGUGAAUAGAACAACAGAGAGUGGGUUCACACCCCUGCACAUUGCAGCUCAUUAUGGCAACAUUAAUGUGGCCACGCUGUUGCUGAACAGAGGGGCCGCUGUGGACUUCAUGGCUCGGAAUGACAUCACGCCGCUUCAUGUGGCAUCAAAAAGAGGUAACAGCAACAUGGUGAAGCUGCUGCUGGACAGAGGGUCCAAAAUUGAUGCAAAGACGAAGGACGGGUUGACUCCGCUUCACUGUGGAGCGAGGAGCGGGCACGAACAGGUGGUAGAAAUCCUGCUGGACCGAGGAGCUCCCAUCCUGUCAAAGACCAAGAACGGCCUGUCGCCGCUCCACAUGGCCACACAGGGGGACCACCUGAACUGCGUCCAGCUCCUGUUGCACCACGACGUGCCUGUGGAUGAUGUCACCAACGACUACUUGACGGCGCUGCACGUGGCAGCACACUGUGGUCACUACAAGGUGGCCAAACUCAUCGUGGAUAAGAAGGCCAACCCGAAUGCAAAAGCUCUGAAUGGUUUUACGCCACUUCACAUUGCGUGCAAGAAGAACAGAGUCAAAGUGAUGGAGCUGUUGCUAAAACACGGCGCAUCUAUCCAGGCUGUCACUGAGUCUGGCCUCACGCCCAUCCAUGUGGCAGCUUUCAUGGGCCACGAAAACAUUGUCCAUGCACUGAUACAUCAUGGAGCAUCACCCAACACCACCAAUGUUCGAGGGGAGACGGCUCUCCACAUGGCAGCCAGGGCGGGCCAAGCAGACGUAGUCCGAUACCUGCUGAAGAACGGAGCCAAGGUGGAGACCAAGUCCAAGGACGACCAGACAGCUUUGCACAUCUCCAGUCGGUUGGGGAAGGUUGACAUUGUCCAACAACUGCUGCACUGCGGUGCCACAGCCAACGCUGCCACCACGUCCGGUUACACCCCCCUUCAUCUGGCCGCACGCGAAGGACACCAAGAUGUUGCAGCCAUGCUCCUGGAGAACGGAGCGUCGCUGUCAUCCGCAACCAAGCAGAAAGGGUUCAGUCCGCUGCAUGUAGCAGCGAAGUACGGCCAGAUGGAGGCAGCCAGUUUGCUUCUGCAGAAGAGAGCCCCACCUGAUGCUGCUGGAAAGAGUGGGCUAACUCCACUGCAUGUAGCCGCUCACUACGAUAAUCAGAGAGUAGCGCUGCUGCUGCUGGAUCAGGGAGCUUCCCCACAUGCUGCUGCCAAGAACGGCUACACGCCCCUCCACAUCGCUGCCAAAAAGAACCAAAUGGACAUUGGCACCACAUUGUUGGAAUACGGUGCUGACACCAACGUGGUGACGCGGCAGGGCAUCAGCCCCAUUCACCUGGCAGCGCAGGAAGGCAGCGUGGACUUGGUGUCUCUGCUGCUGGCCAAGAACGCCCACGUCAAUGUUUGCAAUAAGAGUGGACUUACACCACUGCACUUAGCAGCUCAGGAAGACAAGGUCGGCGUUGCAGAAGUCCUGCUCAACCACGGGGCUGACGUCAGCCCCCAAACAAAGAUGGGUUACACGCCACUCCACGUGGCUAGUCACUAUGGCAAUGCAAAGAUGGCAAACCUCCUGUUGCAGAACCGCGCCAACGUCAAUGGCAAAACCAAGAAUGGUUACACUCCUCUCCACCAAGCAGCUCAGCAAGGCCACACCCACAUCAUCAACUUGCUGCUUCAAUUCGGCGCUUCGGCCAACGAGCUCACCAUGAAUGGCAACACUGCCCUGUCCAUCGCUCAUCGUCUGGGGUACAUCUCUGUGGUGGACACGCUGAGGCCGAUGACAGAUGAAAACCUGACUGCCAUGAGUGCUUCAGAAAAACACAAGAUCAACGUCCCAGAGACCAUGAAUGAGUUCCUUGACAUGUCAGAUGAUGAAGUCCGGGCCAAUGUGCCAGAAACUCUAAAAGAGGAGUCUUUUUCAGAUGUUGAUGAAGGUGAGGAUGCAAUGACCGGUGACACAGACAAAUACCUGCGGCCUCAGGACCUCAAAGAGCUGGGGGACGACUCCCUCCCUCAGGAGGGCUACAUGGGCUUCAGCAUAGGAGCCCGCUCAGCCAGCCUCCGCUCCUUCAGUUCGGAUAGGUCCAACACGCUCAACCGGAGCUCCUUUGCGCGAGACAGUAUGAUGAUUGAAGAGAUUCUGGCCCCAACAAAAGACUCGCUCCAGAGUGUCUGUAAAGACAUUUCCUACUUGGUUGAUCCACUAAAUAAGCACCUUGCCGUGACCAGAGACUACAGCUCAGAGUGCAUGCGGCGCUACAGCUGGACUCCGGACACCAUGGACCACAGCCACAACACCGCGUCCAGCCCCAUUCACUCUGGCCUCUCCUCCCCGCUCCCUCAGUAUGACUCCAGGUUCUUGGUCAGCUUCAUGGUGGAUGCCCGUGGUGGUUCCAUGAGGGGCAGCCGCCACAAUGGCAUGCGCAUCAUCAUCCCUCCCAGGAAGUGCACAGCACCCACGCGUAUCACGUGCCGCUUGGCUAAAAGGCACAAGCUGGCCUACCCGCCCCCCAUGGUGGAGGGAGAGGGGCUGGUCAGCCGGCUGGUGGAGGUUGGACCUGCUGGAGCUCAGUUCCUCGGUCCUGUGAUUGUAGAAAUCCCUCACUUUGGAUCAAUGCGAGGGAAAGAGAGGGAACUGAUUGUGUUGAGGAGUGAUAAUGGUGACACUUGGAAGGAGCACCAGUUUGACGCCAGACCAGAGGACCUGAUGGAGCUGCUCGCUGGGAUGGAUGAAGAGCUGGACAGUCCUGCUGAGUUGGAGAAGAAGCGCAUUUCCCGCAUCGUCACCAGAGAUUUUCCACAGUAUUUUGCUGUGGUGUCGAGGAUCAAGCAGGAGUCUAACCACAUGGGUCCUGACGGAGGCCUGCUCUCCUGCAGCACCGUGCCCAUGGUCCAGGCCUCCUUCCCCCAGGGGGCUCUCACCAAGAAGAUCCGUGUCGGUCUGCAGGCCCAGCCUGUGCCUGAUGACAUGGCGAGGCUGAUUCUUGGAAACAGAGCCACCUUUAGUCCCAUUGUCACCGUAGAGCCCAGGAGGAGGAAGUUCCAUAAGCCGAUCACCAUGACGAUCCCUGUACCACCGAGAUCCGCAGAGGGCCAUCCCAGCGGCCACCGAGGCGACUCUGCACCAUGCCUGCGUCUGCUCUGCAGCAUCACAGGGGGAACAUCUCCUGCUCAGUGGGAGGACAUCACAGGAACAACCCCACUGUCCUUCGUAACUGACUGCGUCUCCUUCACCACAAACGUGUCGGCCAGGUUCUGGCUCGCAGACUGUCACCAGAUUCCUGAGACGGUGAGUCUAGCGUCUCAGUUAUACCGGGAGCUGAUCUGCGUGCCAUACCUGGCCAAGUUUGUGGUGUUCGCCAAGAUGAACGACGCUAUCGAGGCUCGGCUACGCUGCUUCUGCAUGACAGAUGACAAGGUGGACAAGACACUGGAGCAGCAGGAGAACUUUGAGGAAGUGGCCCGGAGCAAAGAUAUAGAGGUUCUCGAGGGCAAGCCUAUCCAUGUGGAUUGCUAUGGCAACCUUUCACCUCUUACCAAAAGUGGGCAGCAGUUGGUUUUUAACUUUUACUCCUUCAAAGAGAACAGACUUCCUUUCAAUGUGAAGAUCAGAGAUGUGGGCCAGGAGCCAUGUGGCCGUCUCUCCUUCCUAAGAGAGCCCAAAUCCUCAAAAGGAUUUCCACAGACUGCCAUAUGCAAUUUGAAUAUCACAUUGCCAACCCACAAGAGGGAUAUGGAGUCUGAUCCUGAUGAUGAGACUGAAAAGCCAGAACGACGUCAUACCUUUGCCUCUUUAGCUUUGCGUAAGCGCUACAGCUAUUUGACCGACCCAGCAGCGAGUCCCCAGAGUCCUUGUGAGAGAACCGACUUGCGCAUGGCUAUUGUUGCAGAUCACCUGGGACUCAGCUGGACAGAGCUGGCACGGGAAAUGAACUUCACAGUGGAUGAGAUCAACCACAUAAGAAUUGAGAACCCUAACUCUUUGACAGCACAGAGUUUCAUGCUUCUUAAGAAAUGGGUCAGUCGGGAAGGAAAAAACGCCACAACGGAUGCCUUAUCUGCAGUGCUGACCAAAGUCAAUCGGAUGGAUAUUGUGACUUUACUGGAGGGCCCAAUAUUUGACUAUGGUAACAUUUCAGGCACAAGAUGUUUUGCCGAUGAUAACGCAGUUUUCCGGGAUCAGGCUGAUGAUUAUCAGAGUAUUCUAGCGGAGCUGCAGUCCCCCGCAGCACUGCACUCCACUCCCUACUUCCUGGAGCCCGAACUUCCCGUCACCCCCAACCCUUCCCUUGCCCAGCAUCACCAGCAUCAUUCCCCAGAACCCGACACCCCUUUCCACGACCCUCAGCCUCAGCUCCCGCCCUGGAGUUCGGAGAUAGAUCCCAGUAGCAGAGAACCCGACAGCCCUCCGAGGAGCCCCCCCAGACCCUGUGAGCUCGCUUUGACCGUCUCUGCCUUUGAACUCCCCGAUCCCGUUCCUCCCAAGGUCAAGAAGCCCCACAUUGCCCUGAACGACCAGCUGCUUUUGAGCGACGAGGAGGACAAGUCUUUUCAAGAAAUGGGGCCGACUCACAGGCUCAGGUCGCACCCCACAGCGAUGUGCGAACUAGAAGUCGACAUGGCUUACUCCACAUCUUCCCCUUCACUGUCGUCGAUGUCAUCGAUAACGCCGUUGUCACCUGACAGAGCACAGGUGGGAGAUGGAGGAGGGCAGGUGGGCGCCCCGAAUGGGGUACGAGAGGACGUCGGCUCGAGAGGAAGUGACAAGGACGCGACAGAAGAAAUAGAGAAAGUUGCAGCAGAAUUAGCAGAAGGGAAUAGGUUAGUGGAAAAGUGGGUAGAACAGGACUUAAUAAAGGAUGUGGAAAGAAAGUGUGAUAUUAUUACAAAAGGUAUGUUUAAGUUGGCAGAGGAAAGUGUAAUUUUGGUGGAACCGAAGAAGAUGUCUGCAGAGCAAGAGAAAGAUGUGAUAAAUGAGCUGCAUGGCCUUAUUCAGGAGGAAAGCAGGGGAACAGUAUGUGAGGUAGAGGACGUUAGAGAUGCAUACCAUUACUCAAAGGAGAACCCUAGUCUGACAGAAUGUGUACAUGAAGUGGAACAAGGUGUAGAAGACUGUGGGGGAAAGUUCCGACAGGACAUUUCUGACGACCCCAAGGGAUCAUUUUUACUGCAAUUAAAAAAUGAAGGGAACAUUUGCGAGACAUCCGAAGGAGACCUGGCAGCUGAAGACCGUAGAGCUGACCUCUCUCCCCAGGCGUGGGUCGACGCGCUCGGGGAACUUCAGCCCAGUGAGUCUGGAUCUAAUGAGGAAGAAGACGAGGAGGGAGGCAAAGAAAUGGCAGAGGAGGCAUUAGGAUCUUUGUUGGAGGAGGUGGAGGAAGAAGAAGGAGGCUCAGAGGAGAAAGAGGAGGAUGAAGAGACGGCUGAAUCCAGAGAUCAUGAGGGUCUUGAACAGGGAGAAAAAAACGUGUGCUCAUUUUCAGGUUGGCACAGUGAUUCAUCUAGCGUCAAUGUGGAACCACCAACGCCGGGGCGCAGUGUCAGCUCAGACCUGCUCGACAGACGGGAAAGCCAGGAGAACUCUAGUGACUCCGUCACUUCCUCAUCUAGAGGAGAAUCAGGGAGGUCCCGGCAGAACGGGGACAACUCGAAGCACUCACCUCAGGACGCCUCGUCUGAAUCAUCCAACGGCAGGAAGGAGGGAGCACUCGUGUCGGAGAAAAAAGUCCAGCGGGUUAGUGUAGAUUCUGGUUCGGAGGAAGAGCAAACUGUAACCACCAAAAUCUUCAGACGUCGCCUCAUUUUAAAGGGGGAAGAAGCAAAGAACAUCCCAGGCGAGUCUAUGACAGAGGAACACUAUAUGGACCAAGAUGGUAACCUCAUCAGUAGAAAAGUCAUCAGGAAGGUUAUUCGGCGGGUGUCGAGUCCCACACCAGAAAACCAAGGAGGUCACAGGUGGCACAGUGACCUUGAGCUGAGUCCUUUGCUGCAAGAAUACGGGUCAGAGCCAGGAGAUGGAUCAAGGAAAAGCAGGCGAAAGGAUGACAGAAGAUCAGGGGAUAAAAAACAUCAUUCAUAGGGAUGGAUAUGCUCGAACAGGUUUGCAGGUACCAAAUUAGAUGUUUCCUGGGAACAAAUGCUCUAAGGGCCAGAAAGUUCCAGUAUGAGGAUUUGAGGCAAAGGUCCAGCCCGCAACUUUCUGCUUCAAACAAAUAGUUUUCACUUGAGAUGGGUCAGCUCUUCUGACUUACGUAUACGCAUGAAAAACUCACUCCUAGUCAAUAAAACGACCGGGGGGCUCUCCCUCUCUAACUGUGGUGGACCAGUGGACAGCAAUUCUGCUUCCUGUUUUGUGUGAAACGACACGUGCCAUGGGUCCACUGGAGGUGUGGGAGCUUUCUGAGGAGCAUCGCUCGUUCUGCAAAUGACAGCGACUCCACACAGGUGCAACUGUGACCAAAGAUGGCACAAGAGCUCACUCCACAAUGGUGGGAAAGAAUUAAACAAACACCGUAACAAAAAAAAAAAGGAGGAAAAAAAAAUCUAAUGGAACACUUUGACCCGACUUCAACACUCGCCUUAUAGUUUUUUUCUUGAACCCAUUGUUGUCUGGAUGUAAAUUGUUUUGGGAUAUUUUCCCUUCCUUUUUAAAACUUAAACUAACACAAAGGCUUUUUUCUGUAUAUAAAAUUACAGUGUGUAUAUCUUAAAAUAACUGUAAGUUCCCGAUACGAAUGCGCUGAGAAGAGUGACUUUUUCAAGCGCUUUCAUAAUUUAAUGAAACAGUUCCACUUUCAAAGAUUUGAGUGUAACUUCACAAGUUCUUAUAUAAUUAAAUAUUAUAGCAGGUAUAAUGUUUGUACAUGAAACAUCUGGUUUGAUUUUAACAGAGGUAAUUUCCAGAAAAUCACAAUUCCCAAAGUGGGAGUUGAUCUAUCCUGCAAAAAAACAAACAAAAAAAAAAAACACAGCCUUUCAGAGUACUCAUAUUUUCAUGCAUGCUAUUUACAUUAUUUUAAGUACAGUUUUUACAAGUUUGCAAAAACACUGUAUUCAAACACAAAUGAUGCCCUUUAUCUAUAAACACUUAUAGCCCUGUCACUGAUUUUAUAUUUUGAAUUGACAAAGGAUGCUAUCAAAGCAAUUAUCAUGCUGGGGGGAGGAUGAAAACAUUUUUAAAGCUUCUAGAGGGUGUCACGUCUUUUCUGUCUGUUAAACUUGGGGGCAGCUUCUUCUACAAGGAAGAAGUGAUCUGAAUGUAAACGCUGGAAGGCUGGUUCGCUGUAAAAUUAUAACUGUACUGUGUGUAUUGGCUAUGAGGUGUAGGAGUCUGUACACUGUUAGACUCUGUAAUAAUUUUAGCAGUGUGUAAAUUUGGUUUUCUAAUGGCUGCUGUGGUAUUCAAAGGAAAAGUGGGGCAUUUCAUUUUGGAUUUUGUUUUCUUUCCUUUUUCUUUCUUUUUUUUUUGCUGAAGUAUUUUCUUAAUUUAAAACCUACUCACAUUAAGGACACAUUAAGACAUUAUUUGAUUGUAGCUCUAAUAGCAUAAUAUAUGACGAAACACUGGAUGGUCAAAAACAAUAAUUUAAGCAUUAAAUAAAUUGUGUUAAACUCUGAAACUGUGUGAUCUCUUUAGGCUUGAGAGUCUGUAUAUGCAGUGUCGAAUAGAACUGUUUUCACUAGCUCACUGCAAACAUGUUAUUUUACAUUAGGAAUUAUCUUUGUAUUGGUUUUUAUUAGCUGCCCAUGUAGUUCAAGUGUGGUGUUCUACUGAGGCAAUGGCUCAGUGUGCUGAUGUCUAUGCUGUGGACAUGAGAACUAUGUAAUUUUGUUUUUUGGGGGGGUGGGGGUGGGGGGUGUUGAAGGAAGCCAGGUAGGGUGCUAAACCACAUCCCCUUCUAAUUCAAUCAGGUGUUAGAGGAUCCUUUGAUGUGGUUGAACUAUAAAUUUUGUCAAUUUUGUUUGAUAUGUGUUUUCACCUGAGCAGAUUUUUUGAUGUACAAUUCUUACUAACAGAGUGAAGCCAUUGAAAUGUACCUAUUCUAGCACUUUGGUUAUUCAAGGUCUUUUAGAGGCUAUAGCAGCAAUUGAUGCCACCACAAAUGUUUCAGACGUCUUUAAACAAAAAGGAAAAAAAGUGACCUAAAAAUAAAAAUGCAAUGAUU